AUGGAUGAAGAGAAAGCAUGGGAAUGGGAAGGAAAUGAGUUGGUUGACGAUUUAGUAGAAGAGGAAGACAUUCAAGUAGAUGAUUGGGAAAGACAAAGACGUAUGACCACUGUAAAAGUUGUCUGUGAAGUGGUUCAUAUAACAUCGAUGAUGAAAUUAUACCUGUGUUCAAAUUAUGUUGAUAGAAAUAUUGGAAGAAAGGGUGGAGACAGAGAAAAUGUGAGAAGAGAAUUAAUGUCUCAAAUUAUUAAUGAUGAGAAAUAUUGUCGAGACAUACUUCACAUGGGACCAGAAGCAUUUGCUAGGUUGUGUGAAUUACUUCGAGGUACUGGUAGGCUUAUAGAUAACAAGAACUCAAUGGUAGAGGAGCAAGUAGCUAAGUUUUUAUAUGUUUUAGCACAUAAUGCGAAAAAUCGUGCCCUUGCUUUCUUUUUUCGUCGUUCUGGAGAGACAAUAAGCAGACAUUUUCAUGAGGUGCUACGAGCAAUUAUUACCUUAGAAGACCAGUUUUUAAGACAACCAAAUGGUAUAGAAGUUCCACAAGAAAUACUUAACAAUUCCAGAUUCUAUCCAUACUUCAAGGAUUGUGUUGGAGCUAUUGACGGAACUCAUAUUCGAGUGAAAGUGUCUAGGGAGGAGGCACCACGUUAUCGUGGAAGGAAAGAACAUACUACACAAAAUGUAAUGGCAACUUGUGGAUUUGAUAUGAGAUUUACUUACGUGCUACCUGGAUGGGAAGGAACAGCAUCUGACUCGAGAAUCAUAAAAAAUGCUUUCCAAAGGAAGGAUAAGCUUAUUAUUCCCGAGGAGCCUAAUUAUCCAGUUGAAGUAGUUACAGAGAUUGUAUUAGCAUGUUGUAUAUUACAUAACUACCUCAUGGGUGUGGAUCCUGAUGAAAAUAUAUUUAAUCAAGUUGAUGAAGAGCUUGUGAACAGUCAACUAGAAUCAAAUAAUGUUUGCUCAACCCAAAUAGAUAGUGAAGAUUCAAGACAAGGGGCAAUCAUAAGAAACGAUAUAGCACAAAAGAUGUGUUGGUUCAAAAUGACAAAGAAAUUGAAGACAACUCAUGAAAAUGGUGAAGAAACAAAAAAGGAUAAUGUCAAGUGGUCUCAACAAAUGGAUAUUGUGUUAAUUGAUGCAUUGUUGGAGCAACAAGCAAAUGGAAAUAGAGUGGAUGAAACUUUUACAACAACGACCUACAAUAAUGUUUUGAAAAUUUAUAAAGAUGAGCUCAAGUAUCCUUUUGAUAAAGAACACUUGAAAAAUCGGAUGAAAACUUUAAAAGCUAAUUUUAAUGCAUGUCAUAAUCUUUUCAAAGGCUUAAGUGGAUUUUCUUGGAAUUCAAAUACCAAGUUGUUUGAAGCAGAGCUAGAAGUAUGGACAGUUGUUAUAGAGUCUAAACCAAGUGCAAAGAAAUGGAGGCAUACAGAAAUUCAUCACUAUGACAAACUAAGUGAGCUAUUUGCAAAAGAUAGAGCUAAUGGUGUAGGUGUUGUUAGUGCCAAAGAGAAAGUUCAACAAUGGGAAAAGGAAAGUAACUGUAAUCAAUUUGUGAAUGUUGAAAACUUGGAUGAAGAAACAUGUGAUUUUUUUGAAUCAUUAUCUCCACAAUGCAACUCCCAAGUUAAUAAUGCUACAAAGGGUGUUAAAAGAAAGGCAUCCAUGAUAGAAUCCCUUGACAAAUAUGCUGAAAAUCUUCAAUCUGGUUUAACAAGUGUUGCUGAUGCACUUAGAGAGGGAAAUAUCAUUGCAGAAAGAGGUCGAUUGCGCAUAUAUUCAGAGGAAGAAGUUUAUGCUGAGUUGCUUAACAUUGAAGUUCCAGAACAUCUACAACUUGAUGCCUUUCUAUUCUUGAUUAAAAGUGCAGCGAAAAUGCGGGCUUUUUUUGCAGUUCCAAAAGAACGUCGCUAUGAAUUACUGCUAAAGUUAAUGUUUCCAAGUGGGCAAUCUUCAAGUUAG